UCAUUUAGUGGAUGGGCGAGUGCUGAACUCCCUGAGCCGCAGAGACCUGGAGAGAUUCCUCAACAUCAGCGACCAGUACCACCAGACAAGUCUACUCCUGGCAAUCCAGCUCUUGCAGAUGCUCAGUUUUGAUAAAGAGGCCCUGCAGGCACGGCGGGCAAAGUGUGAGCAACAAGACUGGGAUCCCAUUGUUUGGACAUGUCACAGAGUAAUGAAGUGGAUCAGAGACAUAGACCUCAAGGUGGGUGGGAGGAGUAUGCAGACAAUCUUCAGGGUAAAGGAAUUCAUGGAGCUAUGAUGGCUCUGGACCCAUCCUUUGACACAGAUGCCAUGGCCAAAGCCCUGGGGAUACCCAGCAACAAACACAUGCUGCAUCGGCACCUGUAUGAAGAGAUGAAAUCUCUCGCUGUCCCUCACAGCAGUGCAGAGCAGGGCAAUGAGGUUAUCGGUUCCUCUUCACCUGUGGCUGUUAACCGCUUUGCUGAGGAGAGGGUGUCUAUGAGAAGAUCAGCCAAGAGUCCGCUGAGGUUACGUGCGAACAGCCACUCUGUGGAGCGAUCUCUGGGUUUCCACGGCAGCUGUGGCUCUCUACCGAGAGAGGCCAGAGUUCAGGCUGUUCCCAGGGCCAAAGGCAGCCCGAUGCACACCUACAAGAGUGUUGAAAUCACCAACGUCUGAACAAGCCUCAGCCAUCAACAUCACUCACGUUGUUACAAUUGUUUACAUUGUUUUUGUAUUAUAGUUGUUCACUAUUGACAGUGACCUACACUCAGCAUUGCUGACCUUUUAAGAUGAGAUUGUCUUAAAGGGUUGUAACACUUCAAUGAAUAAUUCAAACAUAUUAUUAUUUUGGGCAAUAUAAUAAUAACAUAUAUUCUGAACAGAGACCUGAUGGAGCUGGUCAUUUUUUUCCAACUAAAUUUCCAAAUGAGUUUUAUAUCAUGAGUUUAGAGAAGGCUUAAGAGUAGCCUACAAAAAUAACUGAACACAAUGUUCUCCUUUGAUGCCUUAUAUGAAAUAGGUCUCACACUACUGUUGUUUACUGCUCCUCUCUUUUCAACUAUUUCUAACGUGUCAGUUAACUUUUUUCAUUGUUGCACAUGUAAGUAAAUUAAUAAUUGUGCUUGUGGAAAAAAGUCAAUAUAAUGUGUUUUCACUGUAGAGAUACAUAUUCACUGUUAAGGACCUGAACUGUGACAUGUCAGCAGCUCUACAUACCUGAGUUAGACAUUGUUUGUGUUGGUCCUCAAGCUACUCUGGUCCUCUAUUGGUCCAUGCAAGUUCCCCAUCACAAUUAAUAUCAUUACUAGAAAAGAUAGUAGAUCUUAGAUUAAAACAACAUUAAAAGAUGUGAAAUCUGGACAUGUGGGGGAGCUAAUGUCACCACAAUGGCCAAGAGGUGCAACCGUUAUGACUGCACACAAGACAAUCUUUAACAUGGGUUCUGUACUUUUGAAAACUGGUAAAAUCCAUAUACUCAUUAAUGUUAAAUAAUAGAAUAAUUUAAUUAGUGAAAUUUUGUUUUGUUGUUUUGAUUUACAUUUGACUGCAAAUGUUGAAAACAUUCAUUAUAUGUGGGUGAUAUGUAUAUUAAACAUACAGUUGAAUGUUGGGUUUUGAAAGUGAUAAUGUGUCAAAUUAAAGAAAAUUGCCUCCACAUACAUUAUACUGUAUAAGCACUGAAAAAAUAAUGUUACUUGAUUAUGAACUCAAUGGAGAGAAUGUAAUGGUAUAUUUUGUACAGUUUAAUCAUGUUUUAUAACAUACAUUUCUAUAAAGGUUUCUGUUCCUGAGCAUGAAAACACACAUAUGAAAUGUCACCACACUGUGUUCAGUUAAAAGCCUAAGGUUAUUCCAAAUAAUAGAAAACAGGUUUGUCUGCCACUUUCUGGGCGUCACCAAAGGCAAAGUUGUUUAAGCGGGAAGAUUAGAUCAGUUCAAACCUGUCAGAUGGGAAAGACUUGAAUGGUGUUUGUGUUAAUAUGACAUUUACUCUCUCUCUCUUUAUCCAGCUGUCAGAGUUUUUCAUGUACGCCAACAUUAAAGAUGAAAAUGCUGUCAACUGCUAUAUACACAG